UUGAUGUGUGAUGGCUGGCAAAGACUUGUUGGCACAGACGACUAGACCUUAAGAAGUCUUUCCUUCUUGGAUGCUAGCAAUUGAUUUAGAAGGUUACUUCUGUGAAGGUUCCCUUGCAGUGGUAAUCUGACUUCUCAAAUAGCGAGCGACUCAAACUUGGGAUGACACAGUUUCAUACAAAGUGAUUAUCGAAGAUAGUCGUCUCUGAAUAAGGGCAUAUAUAUAUAUUUCCCGAUGCGGUUGGCUCAUAACACUAUCCCAAUGGCUUCAUCCAGUACAGCCUCUAUGAUUUUCUUGUCAUUCGCGCUUUUUGUCUUUCCGACAUUUGAGCGUGCUUCAUGUGCUGCUGCUUUCGCAAAUGCCACUUGCAUCGAGACGGAGAGGGAUGCUCUUCUCGAAUUUAAGCGAGGCCUCAUCGACAACUCCAAUCUCCUGUCAUCAUGGGUUGGAGAUGACUGCUGUUCGUGGAAGGGAGUCAGAUGCAGCGAACAGACCGGCCGCGUCCUGAAGCUCGACCUUCGAAGUCCAUGUGUUGUGUCCACCUACUUUUAUGAUGAACCAUUCGACCCAGUUUUGGAGCACGGGAACUGCAGUUUGACAGGUCACAUACAUCCUUCUCUAAUCGAGCUGCAGCAUUUGAAUUACCUCGACCUGAGCUGGAACAACUUUUCAUACACAAAAAUUCCAGAGUUCCUAGGCUCACUCUCUAAUUUGGUGUAUCUUAACCUCUCCAAUUCAUUCUUCGCUGGGGACAUUCCCCUUCACCUCGGGAACCUCUCCAAUCUGCAGUAUCUUGAUCUCAACAGCUUUAAUGAUCAAACAGUCAGUAACCUUAAAUGGUUAUCAGGUCUUCCUUCCUUGAAACACCUCGACUUGUCUGGCAUCUCCGUUAGGAACGCCCAAGGCUGGUUGCAGUCAAUGUCCAUGCUUUCUUCUCUUCAAUUCUUGGGAUUAGCUCUGUGUGGCCUUCCAAAUGUUGACCCAGCAGCCUUGCAAGUGAAUGUCAGUACUUCUCUGGAGUUUCUUGAUCUGAGUAGAAAUGAUUUAGGCUCCGUAAUUCCUAAUUGGUUGCUUAAUUUAAGCUCCAUCAGACACCUCUAUCUCGCCUCUAGUUUUGCUGGAGAAGCCAUCUCCUUUCCCACUGAGAUCAUCAAUAAUCUCCAUCAGCUCGCCUUCCUUGAUCUCAGAGAUAAUUCCAUGAGAGGUGAGCUGCCGAAGAAUCUCAGCAAUCUCUGCCACUUGGUUGAGUUGCAAUUGAGAGUUAACGACUUGACUGGAGAUAUUGCAUUAGGCAAUCCUUUCAGCUGCCUCCAGAAUACGUUGAGAUAUUUAGAUCUCGGGAGGAAUAAAAUCAGUCGUUUGGGGGAUGAAAUUGGGUACUUCAAGAAUUUAGAGUAUAUUGACCUUUCGCAAAACUCAAUCGAGAGUCCAAUUCCAGAGUCUCUGCCUCAGCUAUCCUCUCUGAAGUACUUGUUUCUCAGUGACAACAAAUUGACGGGUAGAAUCCCAGAAAGCAUCGGGCAGCUGUCGAAUCUAGAGUAUAUUGACCUUUCGGAAAACUCAAUCGAGAGUCCAAUUCCAGAGUCUCUGCCUCAGCUAUCCUCUCUGAAGUACUUGUUUCUCAGUAAUAGCAAAUUGACGGGUAGAAUCCCAGAAAGCAUCGGGCAGCUGUCGAAUCUAGUUCAAUUACACUUGUCCAACAAUCUCUUGAAAGGAGUGGUGACCGAACUUCACUUGGCUAAUCUCUCGAGCUUGACUUAUUUGGACAUUUCCUCAAAUGAGUUGGCGAUCAAGAUUGACCCAAAAGUGGUUGCUCCAUUUCAACCUAAUUCCAUUUGCAUGUCAUACUGCAAAGUUGGGCCUCAAUUUCCCACAUGGCUUCGAGCACAGAGGAACGUUCGUGAGUUGGAUUUGUCUAAUGCAAAUAUAUCAGAUAUCAUCCCCCAUUGGUUUAACGACAUCUCUUUUAACAUCGAGAUCCUGCUUCUGUCUAGCAAUGAGUUGAGUGGAGAAAUUUCUUUGUGCAAUAUGAAGUCCUUACGAGUCUCUGACCUCUCAAAUAACAAACUGUCUGGGACAUUUCCCGAGUGUUGGAAAAGGUUACGCCAACUGCAUGAAAUAAACUUGGGGAAUAACCAGUUUAGUGGCCUGGUUCCAACAUCCUUAUGCUCUAUAAAAGGGUUGUUCUUUCUGGGGCUACACGGCAAUGCCUUCAGUGGGAGUUUCCCCAAAUGCUUGAGCACUAUGACUAAUCUUAAUGUGCUUGAUCUGAGUGGAAAUAAAUUGGCUAGUCGAAUCCCUUCCUGGAUUGGUCGCAUGGUUCAGCUCAGCGUGUUGAAUCUUGAGUUUAAUUCCUUCUAUGGGGAGAUUCCUAUGAGCAUAUGCAAACUCGAACACCUUCAAGUUUUAAACCUUGCGCACAACAACCUCUCUGGAAGCAUCCCCCAUUGCUUUGACAACUUAACUGCCAUGUCCAACCCAGAGUACUCUGUUAUGUUUGAUCCUUAUGGGUUUGGAGUUGAGGUCCAUCUAAAGAGCAUAACCCAAGUAUACACCAAGGUACUUCAGUAUCUUUUCUCCAUUGACCUUUCAAAUAACAGAUUAAAUGGAGAUAUUCCUACUGGGUUGACAUGGCUCCACAAUCUUCAAAAUCUAAACCUGUCACAGAAUGAUCUCUGGGGAGAAAUCCCUCAAGAGAUUGCUGAUUUGAAGAAGUUGGAGUCCUUUGAUUUGUCCAUCAACCAACUCUCAGGCCCAAUACCAAGGAGCUUAUCCGAAUUAAGCUUUCUGAGUUACUUGAACCUGUCGUUUAAUCAACUGUCCGGUCCCAUUCCCUCCGGUGCCCAGCUGAGUACAUUUACAAAUGAAUCAUAUCUCGGGAAUGGUGCACUUUGCGGGCCUCCACUGUCAAAGAAUUGCUCGGGAGAUCAUGGUCAAUCUGACGAUAUUCACAAACAACAUGGUGAUGAUUCGGCAGGUAAAGAUGAGUCCUAUGCCCGUUGGUUAUAUGCAAGCAUUACAUCGGGCUUUGCCACUGGAUUCUUGGGAGUUUGUUGCUCAUUAUACUUCAAGCAUUCUUGGAGGCGGUCCUUCUUUCUUUGGUCGGACAAAAUUAUUACCCAAUUGCUUGUGAUGGUAGAGCUUAAGCUGCAAAAAGUUACCCGAAAAUGCAAAAUGAACCCAAUCAGCCCUUCGGGCCAUGUUGCAGGUGACAACUGACAAGAUCCAACAAGGAGAAGCACUUGCAACGAUAGCUAUUACAAAGGUACCUCCAGCACUAAAAUGAAGUCCGAAGUGAAGACCCGGUUCAUCUAUGAAGACUCUGGCAAUUGCACUGUGGGCUAAUCAUCGUGAUGUAAUGUUUAGGAUCUUAUGUAUAAGUGAGCAAGUGAGGGCUUCUCUUUUGUUUCGUCAGCAAAAAAAGCUUUAUGUUCUUUGUAUUUCUGUUGAUCAGUUGUCACGUCGCUACAGUUGUCACCUUUUGUAAUCAUCUAAGCCAAGAACUUUUUAUGAAAAGCAAUUUCUGGUAACUCAAAACAA